AUGGCACACAGUGUCGCAGGCGUCGCAAGUGUCGCGCUCGCCGGUGGCGCCGCCGUCGCGGCCACGCCGGUAGCGCACGCGGACUCCGGGGCGAAGCUUCCUACCACGCCCGCUCAGGACCAGGCCGCAGGUAUGCCGACGACCGGCGAGGGGGGUCGCGCGGUGUCUUGGCCGUACGGCAUCGACGCGUCGCCGACAACGGGCGAGAGCAGCAAGAGCGAGGAGGGCGCGGACGGCCCGGCGCUGAACACCAAGUGGUUCCUGCUGUUCCAGCGCGCCACGCGCGAGGGCCGGGACUUCACGGAGGCCGGCAAGUACAAGGAGGCAGAGGCCUGCCUGACUCAGGCCAAGGCCAUGGCCUGGAAGGCGUACGAGUCCGCGGGGCUCGGGGAGGACCAUCCGCAGGUGGCGGCGGCGGUGCACAACCUCGGGGAGCUGUACCGGCGGUGGGGCCAGCGCAGGCGCGCGCAGAAGUGCUUCGAGUCCGCGGUGGCGAGUCUGCUCAAGACGCUGGGGGCCGACUACCCCGGCGUCGCGUUCGUUUACAACAGUAUCGGGCACAUGUGGCUGGAGACGAAGGAGCUGGCGCUAGCGGAGGAGUGGUUGCGGCGCGGGUACAACGAGGAGAAGCGUUUGAUGGGUCCGAACCACCGCGGCACCCUGAGCACCCAGUUCUCCCUCGGCCGCUGCCUGUACCGCAUGGGCCGCACGCGCGAGGGCCUCGACCUGAUGAAGGCGACCGUCGACGGCAUCGAGGACCAGCGGCUCGAGCUGGGCGAGGGCGAGCUCAAGCGCAUGGCCGAGUACGCGUCAGCGCUGCUGCGCGGCCCCGACGCGUCGCACGGCGGCGGGAAGCAGGGCGGCUGGACGGGGUGGGUGCGGAACAAGACGGUCUCGUCGCAGGAGGUGGAGCGCGAGUUGCGGCGGGCGGUCGACCGCCUGCUGCGCGCGGCGGAUCUGAACAGAGACGAGUUUCCGCUCGUCGUGCAGGAGGCGUCCAAGGCUGCGGCCAGCCUGGGAGUCGUGAUGUGGACGAGUGGUCGCCACGACGCCGCGCGGUCGCUGUACGAGGGUCUCGUGCGGUCCCUGGAGCGAGGCGCAACAGACGAACCCGCGGCGAUCGCGGCGCGCGUCACCGCGCUGGUGCCGCUCGCGGAGAUCUGCCUCGAGAUGGGCGACGUCCAGGAGGCGAGCAGGCAUGCGGAGCGCGCGCUCGCGCUCAGCCGCGGGGCGGUGCAGGGGUCGGACUACGGCGCAAAGAUCCUGGGCAUGAGUGGGGGGCGGGCGAGGUUCGCACUGCAGCUGGAGCGCGCGGGCGCGACCGCGAACCUCGCGCGAUCGCUGCGGGCGCAGGCGCGGUGUCUGACGGCGUCGCAGGCCGGCGCGGACCUGGGUCCAGCGCGCGAGGCGGACGCGCUGUUGACCGAGGCGGAGGCGUCGCUGGAGUCCCCCGAGAUCUGGGACGGGCUGCGGAAGAUCGGCGCGCUGGUGUCUACGGAGGGCGAGGAGAUGCGCGCGAAGCAGGACGCGCGGUGGCCGUUCAACUACCUCAUUGCGGAGCGUCCGCGUGCGGAGGAGCUGAAGACUGCUCAGGGUCUGCGCAUCGCGUUGUUGCGGGAGCUGCACAUGACGCUGGGGUUCCACUGCGAGGUGGCGCGCAAGCUCGGGCUGGACCAGGAGGCGGCGAACAUGGAGCACAAGCGCGAGCUGGCGCGCAGGGAGAUCGAAGAGGUGACGUGGCCGGCGGUUCCGGAGCCCAGCGGACCCGACGAGUGA